ACGAUAAAAUUGACAGUGAGAUUUUGCCGUAAUUAUAGCGAUUUCCGCGAUAAUAUUUAACAAGACGAUGCGUUUAGAGUUUUAAAUCAAAAUUGCAUCAAAAAGUUGAUUUUGCAAAACAUGUAACAAACGAUACUUUCGCAAAAAGAAGUCGAUAUGUUAUAUAUACCUGUUGAAUAUAUUCAGCAAGUAUUGAUAAUUGUUUCAAGCAUAUGAAGUCAUAUAUAAAUAUAUGGUAUUGUAGCUUUUUUCAUGCUUAUAAAUAUUUGUUGCUGUAUACUAUAUAUUCUACAUUGGAAUAUUUUUAACUCCUGGGGUGAGAAACAUAAUAAAGAAACAACACUCAUGCUAUUUCCAAGGUCAUUACGAUACGUCAUCAGUCAGCAGAAAACCACGAACUCGCUUGAACAUUAAAUACUGGAAUUUUUUCCUGCCUCGCAUCUCAAAAAAAAAAAAACAUGAGCCAUAUUGACUUUGGAUUAAUAAAGCCAUAUCUAAGAAAGGAGAAUAUUAUUGGGAUUGGCACCUAUGGACAUGUCUAUAAGGGAUGUUUAAAAACAAAAAAUUUGGAUGUAGCCAUUAAAAAAAUCUACUAUAGCAGUGAGGAAGUGUUGCGAGAAAGGGAUAUUCUAGGGAGAAUUUAUAAUGAUCAUAUCAUCCAAAUAAUUGACACUAUAUUUGAAAGUCCUCGUUCUAAAAACAUAUAUUUGAUUUUGGAAUAUAUGGAUGGCGGUACCCUAUACAAUUUAGUACAUGACAACACUCAAAAAUAUAACUUCGUAGAUGUCAUGAACUGGUUCCUUCAGGCAGCCAAGGGUCUUGAAUAUCUCCACUCGCUAACACCAAUUAUAAUUCAUCGUGAUGUAAAGCCAGAAAAUAUGCUGCUGGAUGCCUCAAGGAAAACCUUAAAGUUUUGUGAUUUAGGUAAAUCUACAGAAUGUAAAACGAUAAUGACGGGUAAAUCGGGCACAGGCAUUUACAUGGCACCCGAGAUUUUCGAUAACAAGUAUGACACGAAGUAUGACACAAAGGCUGAUAUAUAUAGCCUAUGUAUUUCUAUUGCGGAGACCCUGAUCCGUAGACACCCUUACCAUCAAUUCAUGCAAGAAAAGCCUACAGAUUUAGAAUUGGCUCAAGAAAUAUAUAAUAAAAAAAUCCGACCAGACAUAAGUAAUAUUAAAGGUCACGGUACCGAGGAAGUACGAAUGCUAAUGACCAAGGGCUGGGAUUUCAAUGCUAAAAACCGACCCACUGCGCAAGAUUUUGUAAAACUCUUUGAAAAUACCCUACGUUUAUACCCUUAGAUACCCUAAUGGAUAGACAUACACACGGAUUGAACAACUGGAUACCGUCGGAGCUUUGUUGCAACUCUUGUCGGCAGAAUACGCUGAAUUUGAAUAAUCGACUGAUUAACGGCAGAGACAUGUCCAAAUAACUACUUGUUAAUCCAUUUGUCAUUUUAUUGGCAAUUCCGAUAGUAAAAAUCUUUUUUUUUACUAGCUUAAAAAUAUUAUAAUUGAAAAUGAAACGUACUUUUAUUGCA